AAUCUUAAAUGUACCUUAUUACAACACAAACCACCACUGCAGGUUAAUGAUUAGCUCAUUAAGACCCACCUCUCUCAUCACAACCAAUAAAUCUUUUGGUCAUAUCCUAAAAACACGCUGAUGUUUGAGCUUCUUCGCAAAGCAAGCGCCAAUCACAAAAAUAGCAACAUGGGAAAAAUAGAACAAAAACUAACCCUGUUCCUGAUAUUCAUCGUUCUUAUUGGCUGGACUGAGGGAAAGGAAAACACUACAAAGUACUACAGCUCCUAUUACGGGAUUCCAUGUGAUGAGGACUGCGACACGCAUGGAAAAUCCUACUUCUGGUGCUACACUAAAAAAGGCUGGGAUUAUUGCUCAACGAAAGAGAAUACAGAUUACAAAGGCGAGCCAUGUCGUGAAGACCAUCUCUGUGGGAAGUAUGGCAAAUCUUACUACUGGUGCUAUACAAAGGGUGACAACUGGGGUUACUGUGGAUUCCUGCGUAAUGCAGAGGAACCAAAGACACUGUUGUAUAAGACUGUGACUUAUAUGAGUGAGUGCUGGGAUGAAUGUUUGUACAUUGAGAAAAAGGAUUACUUCAGGUGUCACACGGAUGAAGGGUGGGACUACUGCUCUCCACUACCUGAUGUCACAUACAAGAACGAACCAUGCCGCUUGGACCACUACUGUGGUACCCAUGGAUCGGGUCACGCCUGGUGCUACACAAACUCAGGUUCUGACAACUGUGGACUCAUCAGCCCUGGAGAAUGCCAGUACAUCAUCCCUAGGAAAGAAGACUCUCAAACUCUGAUUUCCUGCAUAUGGAAUGAUGAAAAGAAUCAAAAAGAGAUCAAGUUCAAUGCCGAGCCAGACCUUACAGUAUCUACUGAAGGUUCCACCUGGAAGAACGAGAUAAUCAAUUUCAUUGCACGCUGGAAAAAUGCCUACUUGAACCCAGAGCCCAAUACCAAGCUGACCACCUCAGAAAACCUCAGGUUUGAGGUACAGAAGCUGGUGAAUGAAGAUGAGAAGGAAUACUAUAACCUGCAAAUCAUGGUGAAUGUAUACUCCCAGAGUGGGAAGAGCAACAAACUGGCCCAGGUGGUCAUACUGGAGCAAGACAAAGUUCCAGACAGAUUUGUCCGAUUGGCUUUCGUGGAGAGCUUCCGUCAUCAGACCAGGAUUUUUGUGCAAAUUAAUUAGAAGAAAGAUAGUACUGCAUGAACAGUAGUUUAAAAAAAAUGAUGUGGUUGCUGGCUUCACAUGACUCUAGCCUUCAGCCUCCCUCAGUGUUGUAUGUUGUAUGAUGGGGAGAGUAGUGGUUGGUAGGUGGGAAUUGGCAGUUGAACAAAUUGUGCAUAAAAAAAUAGGGAAACACAGAAAAAAAAAAAGAUAUGCCUUCUUCAUGCAAAGCACAUUAUCUCCUGUCUCUGUCUAAUAGCUGGCCAUUAAAAACAUGACAUUAGACUACAAUUCCUCAAAUCACUAGCUUUCAUUAUGCAUUUCUUCUAGGAAAUUUUUAAUGUAUACGGAAAUCUAUGGAUUACUUACUCGCUGCAAGAAAUCUGCGUUAUAAUUAUGCAUUUUUAAAUGAAUUUACGAUCGCUGCUUGCUGUUGUCAUGUUUCCAUAUGAAAUAAAUCCACUGAGUCUCUG